AUGAAAAGCGUCUGGCCGGUUCUGUUGAUUUUGCUUUUAACUAUUCAUUCAAAAGCUGAUGAUAACGAUGGGAUCGAGUCGGAAGAUGGUGACGCCGCUAGUGAGUUUUUUUUUAAAUUUUGAUUGAAGUUGUUGUUUACAGAAAAAUUGAAACUUUUAUUUAAAAUUAGUGUUACCCUCGUUAGGGAACUCGGACUAUGACUAGAAUAUACUCUCCUUCUGGCCAGGUGUCUCAAUGGGUAUACCCCUGUCAAACUCGUUAUUUUGAGGCUAUUUGAGUCUCAGUUGUGCUAAAACGGGGGAACAAAGGGUGUAAGAAAAAAUAGGUGACCUAGCUGUGUUUAUUUAGAAAAUCUGUGACCCAAUUGUGCUGAAGCGGUUCCUCAGUUGGUGUAAAAUUUGCCAAGGUUCUACCAAUUCUGCUUAUACGGAGCACCCGCUGAUACCCCGUGUUAGCCCGACUGGGCCACCCUCAUCAGCAUUACAGUAGUUGAAAAAGCGUUGCAUGAGCGACGCGACUUUCGGCGCGAGCUCGAGGUCAAAUUUAAUCAUGGAAAAACGUUCAUAAAAAAACUAUAAAAAUCUAAAGUUAUUGGAAAAAUUCAAAAAAAGAAAAAAAAAAUGGUAAAUAGUGUUUGAUCUUGAGUUCCCGGCCAAAAGCCGCGUCGCGCACGCAACGCUUCACUUUUGCCAAUCAACCUAUCUAGCCUCCCUAGUCGGGAAGGAUUGAAAUCAUUGUUAUUGAUGAAAAAAAAAACGAAUAAUCAAAACUUUUAGAGUUUUAUAACAUGACAUAUCGGGAGCAGCAAUCAGCACUAGAAAAGAAGAUUUUCUACAACUACCGCAACAACCGUCGACCUGUCCGGUUUGCAGAAUAAAAAUUUGGCUCAGAAAUGGGGAAAAAUCAGAAACGUGUCGCAACCGACGACGGUGAGCAUGCACUGGCACGUGAUCCACGUCUCGGUCAACGCCAACGAACAGACUAUGACUCUACAUGGACAUCUUUACAUGGUUUCUUACAAAUAUAAAAAGUUGUUGUAGACUGUAUACGGUAUGUGAGAGUAAGCUUUGAAGCUAAACAUUUUGAAAAAGCGUGGUGGAUUUAACUUCUGAUUGGAAACAUCGCGCACUAAAGUUCGAUUAUAAAUAAAAUAAUUUAUAAAAGGAAAAAUAUCUGCAUCUUCAAAAAAACUUUUUUCACAAACCAUCUAGGACCAAAUAGAUACAGGCAUGAGCCGUAGUAGAACUUUAAUUUUUGUUUUUGAACCUCAGUAAUUUUUCCUAAAGUGUAAAAUUUGGAUAUAAAACAGCAUAAGUUGAACUCUUUGACCAUUAAAAAAACCAACAAAUUAUUCGAUUUUUCGUUUGAAACGCCGGGGUUGAGCAGAAAUGUCUUCUAAAGGCUUUUCCUACAUUAUUUUUUCUCAGUCGAUUUGGAUGAAAUUUUAUGAGCGAGUUUACUUCAAACCUGACGAAUAUAUCAUCUUAUAAGUUCAUUUUUGUCGAUAGUGAUUAUGAGUCUCUCUGUUUAGUCGUGGUUCGACGAAUUCCUCGUCUGGGACCCCAAGGAUUUCAACGGAGUCCGUACAGCUAGAUGCAAGAAAUGGCAGGUCUGGCAGCCCAAAGUCCGCGUCAUAAAUAGGUUAUUAUUCUAAUAAGUGAAUUUUAACAGUACAGUUUAGCGUGUCUGGAGUUAAUUCGCUGUUUGAAAUAUCUACACAAGGCCACGCGUUGUUGGAAAUGCAGGUGAGGUAAUUGAUAAAAUCGAAGAAGCACAUUUGGAGACGACCAAGAAAGUUGUUUUAAAUCAUAUCAAAUGUCCUCGGUUCUGAUUCUUCACAAAGUGCAAAAAUCAUGAGCUUUUGAGAUUUUCAUUUUAUCGAAAACUACAAGCUCAACUUGAAACGAUCAAAACUAACGAUAACAAUAUCGUAUCGAAAUAAAAUGAGACUUUCAGCCAGACAACCGAGCCAAAGUGGAGAUUUACCCGACAUUCUCGAUCAAAGUCGGCUGUCUGAUGGACUUCAGCGACUUCCCCAACGACGUCAACAAGUGCAACGUCGCCGUUUUCACGACCGAACCCAUGAGUCAGGUCCAAAUCAACAUUUACUACGCCUUGCCGCCCAGCUUGAGCUUUGGUUUGAAAUCAGCUACAGCUUCAGAAAAUAUCUUUCCUUCAGCUUGGGGCGAUCAGAGCAAGAAGAGAAUCAUAUCGGAUUUCAACGUGGUCAACAUCACCAACAACGUCGUUUACUACAGCGAAGGCAACUAUACUGAACUGGCGCCAAUUGUUGAAAACGAACUUUCUCAGACUUGGUGAGACCUUUUAGAGGGCAUUUUGACAAGAAAAAAAAAGUUCAGCCUUUGAAAAUUCUUCGCUUGGUUUUUCGAGGAGCAAAAUUUUUCCUUAUCUUAAGUAACAUUGAGUCCUUCGUCUCGAUACCUUAUCCGAAAAUGCCUAUGUUCUUUUGAAAAGCUCAGUACACGAGUUAAAAAGGAUCACUGUUCGUUCUUUUCCAUUUUCAGAGGUAGAGUUUUAAUAUCCAAAACAUACUUGAAAAUGGAUUACUCGAACUUAAACUGAUGAAAUUUUAAGUUAAACGUUCCAAUUUUUGACACACUUACCAUACUCAGGACUAUGGUAAUGACGACGGUGGUGUUCUCGCGGCACUCGCCGUUUUUCUUCGCCGGUGUCUUCCUUCCGAACAUCAUCGGCACUUUGAUGUGCGUCCUGCCUUUCUUCAUCGACUCCUGCGCGUUCGCCAGCUUCACGCUCGUUUCCAACAUGAUCAUCUUGGUUUUUCUGCAACCAAAACAGGAGAAAUCAACAGUUUCAGUCGAUAUUCCUGCAAGACGCGUUCAGCAAGUUUCCACUAGCAACUAAAGGCGUCCCGAAGUCAUGUGAGUUGUUUCGAUAAAAAAUAUCAAAUACCUGGAUGACUUCAGUGAUUUAUUACGACGUUUUGUUGAUCUCGACGACGGUGGCCUUGCUGAUCCAUAUAGUCGUCAUGUUUGCCACCGCGGCUCGAUUUCCGCUGCCUGACUGUUUAAAGUCGUUUUUUGCGCUCAAAGAACGGUUGCCUGACUGGGCGCGAGGCCUGAAACAGAAUGGUUUGAUUCAAAUUUCACGAAAUUAUUCGAGAAUCAGGACUUUAUGGAAACGAUGGAAUAAAGAAACGCGAGCAAAUUGGAUCUCAAAUCCUUCUCAGAGUUACCAUUCAGAAAAAAAGUUUCGCUUUUUCCUUUUUUUGAGAAAAUGUUCUCGAUGACCGUAGAAAUAUGAAAAUUGAGAGAAACAACUUGGUGAUUAUAAAAAGAAGAAAAAUUCGCAAAGAAGGAAAAAAAUAAAAAAUUUUUGAACUGCGAAAAAAAAGAACUUCAUGUACUUCGCUCUAUUGAGAAUUGUUUUUUUCUAGUCCGCGGCCCUUUUUCUGA